AAUAUCACAUAUUCGUUGGUGACCUUAGUCCGGAAAUAGAAACACAACAAUUAAAGGAUGCUUUUACACCAUUUGGAGAAAUUUCAGACUGCAGAGUAGUGCGAGACCCGCAAACACUCAAAUCAAAAGGAUAUGGAUUUGUUUCUUUUGUAAAAAAAUCGGAAGCUGAAAGUGCUAUCACUGCUAUGAACGGUCAAUGGUUAGGAUCUCGGUCGAUACGAACAAAUUGGGCAACUAGAAAACCACCAGCAACAAAAGCUGACGUAAACUCAAAGCCACUGACAUUUGAUGAGGUAUACAAUCAAAGUAGUCCAACUAAUUGCACAGUAUAUUGUGGAGGAAUUAAUGGUGCACUUUCUGGUACAUUAACAGAGGAAAUAUUGCAAAAAACUUUUUCACCCUUUGGCACAAUUCAAGAGAUACGAGUAUUCAAAGAUAAAGGAUACGCUUUUGUUAGAUUUUCAACAAAAGAAGCUGCAACACAUGCAAUUGUAGCAAUUCAUAAUUCAGAAAUAAAUUCACAACCGGUUAAAUGUUCAUGGGGUAAAGAAAGUGGAGAUCCAAAUAAUGCACCAGCAAUUGCUAGUCAAGCAUUAAGUCAAGCUGGAUUUCCAUUUGGUACACCAUAUGGACAACAAGUAGCUGGUUAUUGGUAUCCACCAGCACCAACAGCAUAUCCAACGGCACCGGCACCAUCAACACCAUUACAAGCUGGGCAAUUUUUACAAGGAAUGCAAGGAUAUACAUAUGGUCAAUUUGCUGGUUAUCAACAAGGAUAUAUGGGAAUGGGAGUACAAAUACCAGGAGCAUGGCAAAGUGUACCAGCUCAAGCACAAAUACCAGCUGCAACUGCACAACAAAUUGCUCAAGGUGUUGGUAGUGCAUUACCACAAGCGACCGGUGUUGUUGCAUAUCCAAUGCAACAAUUUCAAGUUAGCCCACAGUUAGCAGAAGAUGAAUGGCUUGCCCCAAGUUUAUUAGUGUAGCUGCCUAGAUGGCAAAUUCAACCUUCAACAGCAACAGCACCAACAGGUGCAACAGCAAUAUCAGUUCAACCAGGAGCACAACAUCAAACAAUAAUAUCACAAACAGCAAUUACAUCACCAACAGCAGUUAAUGGUACAACUGCUGUUGUUGGAUCUAUACCAACAUCAUGUUCAUAUAUUGGACAACAGCAUACAAUUAAUCAUCAGCCUCAUCAUCAUUAUCAACAUCAUAAUCAUCAACAGCAACAGCAAUCAAUUAGAUAUGCAACAACUGGACAACAUCAUACAAUAUGCGGUUGUACACCAACAUUUUUAAAUGUCAAUGAAUCAUCCCCAACAGCAACAGCAAAUUACACAACAGCCACCCAAUUAUAUAAAAAUCAAUCAAUUUAGCUAUACAAUAACGAUAAUAGUUUUAAAUAUAUAAGUAAUAAUAAUAAUAAUAAAAUUCAAAAUGAAAAUGAGGAUGAGCAUGAUAUUGUUUUGCAAUACUUUUUGAAACGAAGAAAAAAAAAUUUAAAAAUUUUAUCCUAAAUAAAUUAGAACAUCGAAUAUCUAUUUGUGCAUGCAAUAUGGCAAAUACCAUAUUUUAAUAUUUUUAAAACAAAUUUUAUUUGAUUUUUUCAUUAUUAA